CAACAGCAGUGACCAACGCACUUCUCUCACCCCAGCGAAAUUACGAAUUGGCGCCAAGACCGACCGCCAAUCUUCUUCUUCUUCUUUUGUUUUAAUGGCGGUUGACAACUUGUUGUUGUAUUACCGCCACCGCUGGACUGGAGUAUACCCACAGAUUAUAUUUCCUUUGUACUAUUAAUUUUUUUAAAAGCCCUGUAUUCUUUAAAAAAAGAUAACAAAAAAUUUAAUUGUUCAUGUCCUAUCCAUGGUUUUAUUGUGGUAAAAGUGUAGUAACCAUGGUUUUUUGGUGUAUUGAUUACUAUCAGCAAAACCAUGGUUUUACUACACUAACUAUGGUUUAACUAUGGUUUUUGAAAACCAUGAUUGUCAAAACCAUGGUUAUUUUGUAGUUACUAUGGUUUUACUACAGUAACCAUGUUUUUUUGGUUUUAACUGUAGUAAAACCAUGGUUAAUUUUCGUAAGGGCUGACCAAUUCCCUAACCUUAACCACUCGAGGUGAAAAGUCUAAUAAAUCGUGAGCCAUGCAAUGAGCUGCUUCGUACAGUACAGUAGGUGGCGGUAUGCACCUUAACAAUUGGUUUGCAACCCGCCAGUAAACCCACAAAAGAAGAAGAAGCGCUGCUUCGUACUAGGGCGGUCUUGGCGCUACUGGUCACGUCUCCUGAGCGUGCAACGUUCAGCUUCUUCUUCUUUUUUCGGCGGUUACUGGCUCGAGUUUGGAAGAAACAGCAAAGCUCUCUGUAAAGGAUAACGACUAACGUAUUGGAGUGUCAAAAUGACCAGACGAAAACCUGGAAAACGAUGGAGAAGGACUGGUAAUGAAGAAGACCCAAAUAAACGACCAAGACGGGCUGCACACUUGUCAUCCCUCCCUGCAGCCGCCAGUGUUCAUGUGGAGACUGAUCAGCAAUAUUUAGGAGGUAGCAGCAGUGGAACACAGCAGGGGGGGGGGCCUCCUGGAGGAACCCAAAAUGCUGCACUUCAAGGGGAACACGCCCAACAUCCAGGUGUCCAUGCAGGAUGUACCACACUCACUCUCGGACAUCAAGUCUCUCACCACCUGCCAGCACAAGGUAGCAUGGCAGAAGAGAUUAUUUCAACUGUUAACUCUAUCGAAGACAAUGAAGAACCAUCUUCCAGAUCAGCCUUCAUAGAUCCUCCUGAUGACCUAACAACUGAACUACAUAGCAAUGCUGAGUAUGAUCCAUCUCAAUUAUUUGAGGAAGCUGCCCCUGAUGUGGGGGAUUGGACAUAUGAUGAUGGACAUUUGUUCAAUGAGGGAUUUGAAGAGGGUUUGAGUGAGUACUGUGCAGAAGAGUCAAAUUUCAAGGACACAGCACACAAACCAUUAUAUGACAAUGCAUCAAUAACUGUUGCAGAGAGCCUUCUGAUCAUCAUGGCUUACGUAAACUGUCAUAAAGUAACUGAUAAGGCCCUUAGUGAUUUGCUUAAAAUUUUUAAGUUGGUUUGUCCUGAUAGUCUGAAUACAGACUGCUUAAACAGUGUACAGAAGUUAAAAGACUUUUUUUUCUCACAUGCUGCAUCAUCUCCUAUUGUAUUGCAUAAAUAUUGCAGUACUUGUUGUGGGUCAUUAGAAGAUGAACAAUUACAAUGUCUAUCUUGUGGGACCAGUGUGUCAGAAGAAAGAUCCUCAUCCUUCAUAGAGGUUCCAAUUGAUGCUCAAAUAAGGUCAUUGUUUCUCAAGCCAGGCUUUCAGGAGAAACUUAACUUUAGAUUUAGCAGGAAUAAGACUGAUCCUAACAACAUUGAAGAUAUAUAUGAUGCAGAAAUUUACAAACAGCUUGUAGAUGGGGGGGGUCCUCUUAGUGACCCUAAAAACAUCUCACUUACUUGGAACACAGAUGGGGUACCUAUUUUCAAAUCGUCCAAGUUUUCAGUGUGGCCUUUUUAUUGUAUCAUCAAUGAACUGAGUUUCAUGGAACGCACAAAAAGAGAGAAUAUGAUAUUUGCUGGACUUUGGUAUGGGGACUCAAAACCGUCCAUGGUUACAUUCCUUAGACCACUAGGUGACACACUGAGUAAACUUUCAGAUGAUGGAAUUCUUGUGCAACCUGCACAGUUGACAUCUGAACCGUUUGUGUGUAAAGUGCUCACCAUUGCUGGAACAUGCGACUUACCUGCUAAAGCAUUAGUCCUUAAUUCAGUGCAAUACAAUGGGAAAUUUGGAUGUCAUAAAUGUGAGCAGCCAGGAGAGACUGUAAAGACAGGGGAAAGGGGACAUGUUCAUGCAUUUCCAUACCAACAUAGAGAUCCAAAAGGCCCACUGCGCACAAAUGAAAAGUUUGCCCUGGAUAUGAAAAUCUCAAAUGAGACCAAAACCCCCGUUAAAGGGGUGAAGGGUCCCUGUUGGCUUAGCAAACUUAAAUGUUAUAACCUUAUCGAAGGCACUGCCAUAGAUUACAUGCACUCAGUCCUUCUUGGAGUAAUGCGCCUUCUGAUGGUUCUGUGGUUUUCUCCAGAGUUUUCUCGUCAGCCCUUCAGCAUGGCAAAAAAUGCAAAGGAAAUUGACAGGCGAUUUCAGGAAAUCUCUCCUCCAUCCUCCACUCGAUAUCCUCGAUCAGUGACAUCUCACAGAAUGUUUUUUAAAGCAUCAGAAUAUCGGGAUAUUUUGAUCUUCUUUGGACCUGUUGUUUUCCGUGGAGUUCUUGCAACACUGUACUACAAGCACUUCCUUCUUCUAAGUGAAGCCAUUUUCAUUUUGUUGAUGGAAUCCAUAUCAGUUGAACAGAUUGAUCAUGCAGAGAAACUACUGUGGAACUUUUGUUCCCAAAUGGCUAAUUUAUAUGGUGAGCGGUACGAAACUGCAAAUGUACACCUUCUUGUGCACCUAGCAGACAGUGUGAAGGCCCUUGGUCCAUUAUGGACUCAUUCGUGUUUCCAUUUUGAGGACAAGAAUGGCUAUUUGUUAAGGCUCAUACAUGGCACUCAAAAUAUACCUAUGCAGAUGGUCCAUGCAGUCAAACUUGUGCAGUCUAUUCCUGUUAUUUCACAAACCAUAAAACCAGGGAAUUCCAUAGCUGAAUUUUACACACGGAUGACUAAAGAUGAUAGUUUCUGUCAGGAAAACAAUGAUUUGUCUAGGACCAAACUAUAUGGAGCAUCUAGUGAACUUCAACUGGACACAGUUCAACUGUCUACAUUGGAAAGACAUACUGGUCAUUGCAUCAGUUCUAAAACAUUGAGAUCAGGAAAAGAGACAGCUGUGAGAGAAUUUAGAGAACUUGAACUGUGCUCAAUGUGA